ACUACUCCUUCUGCUCCUCCUCAUACUCUUACUACUACUCCUACUGCCAUUCCUCCUGUCACUCCUCCUCCUACUCUUACUACCACUCCUACUGCUGCUCCUCCUCUUACUACUACUUCUGCUGCUACUCCUCCUACUGUCACUCCUCCUCCUGCUCCUCCUCAUACUCUUACUACUACUCCUACUGCCAUUCCUCCUGUCACUCCUCCUCCUACUCUUACUACCACUCCUACUGCUGCUCCUCCUCUUACUACUACUUCUGCUGCUACUCCUCCUACUGUCACUCCUCCUCCUGCUCCUCCUCAUACUCUUACUACUACUCCUACUGCCAUUCCUCCUGUCACUCCUCCUCCUACUCUUACUACCACUCCUACUGCUGCUCCUCCUCUUACUACUACUUCUGCUGCUACUCCUCCUACUGUCACUCCUCCUCCUGCUACUCCUCAUACUACUAUUCCUACUGCCACUCCUCCUCGUACUGCCACUCCUACUGCUGCUUCUACUCUUACUACUACUCCUACUGCCACUCCUACUGCUGCUACUCCUCUUCCUACUACUCCUACUGUCACUACUUCUCCUACUGCCACUCCUACUGCUGCUACUCCUCUCCCUACUACUUCUACUGUCACUACUUCUCCUACUGCCACUCCUACUGCUGCUACUCCUCUCCCUACUACUUCUACUGUCACUACUUCUCCUACUGCCACUCCUACUGCUCCUACUGUCACGCCUCCUCCUGCUACUCCUCAUACUACUAUUCCUACUGCCACUCCUCCUCCUCCUCGUACUGCCACUCCUACUGCUGCUUCUACUCUUACUACUACUCCUACUGCUGCUUCUACUCUUACUACUACUCCUACUGCCACUCCUACUGCUGCUACUCCUCUCCCUACUACUUCUACUGUCACUACUUCUCCUACUGCCACUCCUACUGCUCCUACUGUCACUCCUCCUCCUCUUACUACUACUCCUACUGCCAUUGCUGCUGCUGCUACUCCUCCUACUACUCCUCAUACUCUUACUACUACUCCUACUGCCAUUCUAACUCCUACUGCCACUCCUCCAUACUCUUAGUACUACUGCUACUCCUCCUCAUACUCUUGCUACUCCUACUCUUCCUGCUACUCCUCCUACUCCUAGUCCUACUGCUAAUCCUCCUGUUCUUACUACCACUGCUACUCCUACUCUUCCUGCUAUUCCUCCUACUCCUAGUCCUACUGCUGCUAAUCCUAUUCCUACUACUGCUGCUACUCCUACUAUUUCAACUGCUACUCCUAUUCCUACUACUACGGUACUCCUACUACUGCUGCUAGUCCUGCUGCUAUUCCUACUAUUACUGUUACUCCUACUAUUCCGACUGCUACUCCUACUCUUCCUGCUACUCAUCCUACUCCUAGUCCUACUGCUGCUCCUCCUAUUCCUAGUCCUACUGCUACUUCUACUGCUACUCCUCCUCAUUCCACUGCUCCUCCUACUGCUACGCCUCCUAAUCCUACUGCUGCUGCUCCUCCUAUUGCUACUUCUACUGCUACUCCUGCUAAAACUGAUAGUACUAAUAAUAUUCAUUCAUUCCUCUUCAGUAACUGCUUUAUCCUGUUCAGGGUCACUGUGAAUCUGGAGUCUAUCCUUGGAACCUUGGGUGUGAGGUGGGAAUCCACCCUGGAUGGGAUGCCAGUCCAUCACAGUGUAACGUGGACCUAUCCAUUCACACCCUCGUACACACCUACGGCCAAUUUAGCAUAGCCAUUCACCAUGCUGGGCGGCACGGUGGUGUAGUGGUUAGCGCUGUCGCCUCACAGCAAGAAGGUCCGGGUUCGAGCCCCGGGGCCGGCGAGGGCCUUUCUGUGCGGAGUUUGCAUGUUCUC